AUGAAACUCCUCAGUUAUAUUUUGGUUUAUCGCCGGUGUCUCUUCAUAGUUUUCACUCUACUGAUUUUACUGCCCCUACCUAUCAUCCUCCACACCAAGGAAGCAAGAUGUGCCUACAUACUCUUUGUUAUUGGCAUAUUUUGGCUCACAGAAGCUUUGCCUCUGUCUGUAACAGCUUUGCUGCCUGGUCUAAUGUUCCCAUUGUUUGGAAUCAUGCCCCCCAAGGAGGUGGCAUCUUCUUAUUUCAAAGAUUUUCACCUACUGCUAAUUGGAGUCAUCUGUUUAGCAACAUCAAUAGAAAAAUGGAAUUUGCACAAAAGGAUUGCUCUGAAAAUGGUGCUGAUGGUGGGUGUGAACCCAGCAUGGCUGACACUGGGAUUCAUGAGCAGUACCGCCUUCUUAUCUAUGUGGCUUAGCAACACCUCAACUGCUGCCAUGGUGAUGCCCAUCGUGGAAGCUGUGUCACAACAGAUCAUCAGUGCUGAAGCACAGGUCCAGGACACUCAGAUGGCUAAUUUGAGUGGAUCAACCAAUCAUGGACUGGAAAUAGAAGAAUGUGUUGACGAACAUGAAACAGAUGAGAAGAAAGAGAAAACAAAACCAGUUCCAGGACACAGUAAUGAUGCAGAGAAAACUUCAAAAAAGAUGGAAAAGAAUACCAUCACAGGAAUCCCAUAUCGAACAAAGAAGGACCACAUGAUGUGUAAGCUUAUGUGUUUGUGCAUUACUUACUCUUCUACCAUUGGUGGACUGACAACGAUCACUGGUACCUCCACCAACUUGAUUUUUGCUGAUUAUUUCAAUUCGCACUACCCUGAGUGUCGAUGCAUCAACUUUGGAUCAUGGUUUUUGCUUACCUUCCCGGCUGCUGUUAUUAUUCUACUCUUGUCCUGGAUCUGGCUUCAAUGGCUCUUCCUAGGAUUGGAUUUUAAGAUGUUUAAAUGUGGGAAGACCCAGGCAGUCGAACAAAAGGCUUAUGCUGAUGUGAUUAAGCAAGAAUACAAGAAACUUGGGCGAAUAAGGUAUCAGGAAAUUAUCACUGUGGUCCUCUUCCUUAUAAUGGCCGUGCUAUGGUUUAGCCGAGAUCCUGGCUUUGUGUACGGCUGGUCUUCACUUUUUCCCGAGAAACCUGGUCCUCCUACGGACUCAACUGUUGCCUUACUUGUAGGACUCCUAUUCUUUCUUAUCCCUGCUAAGAAAUUGACUAAAACUACACCUACAGGAGAAAUUGUUGCUUUUGAUUACUCUCCACUGAUAACUUGGAAAGAAUUCCAGGCAUGCAUGCCCUGGGAUAUAGCCAUUCUUGUUGGUGGAGGGUUUGCCUUGGCAGAUGGCUGUGAGAGGUCAGGACUAUCUCUGUGGAUAGGAAAUAAAUUAUCUCCUCUGGGAUCAUUACCAGUAUGGCUAAUAAUCCUGAUAUCUUCUCUGCUUGUCACAUCUUUAACAGAGGUAGCCAGCAAUGCAGCUACCAUUACUCUCCUUCUCCCAAUAUUAUCUCCAUUGGCUGAAGCCAUUCAUGUGAACCCUCUCUAUAUUUUGAUACCUUCUACUCUGUGUACUUCAUUUGCAUUCCUCCUACCAGUAGCAAACCCAUCCAAUGCUAUUGUUUUUUCAUAUGGCCAUCUAAAAGUUACUGACAUGGUUAAAGCUGGACUUGGUGUGAACAUUGUGGGUGUUGCUGUGGUGAUGCUUGGCAUGUUCACCUGGAUUGUGCCCUUGUUUGACCUCCAUACUUACCCUUCUUGGGCUCCUUCAAUUAGUAACGAGACCAUGCCAUGA